AUGAGUCGCUAUCACGGCGAUGCAGCGCAGCACAGCUACCAUAGCUCGGCUUGGGAUCCCUCUCCUUACGGCGCAACCGAGUACGACCAAGUCGAGGAGAUUAUCUCAGCCAAAGGAGCACAGGCUUACGCUCGCAACUCUGCGGGAGUCGGCGCCAACUCGAAUGCAUAUCGUCUUGCCCCGCCCGCCACUCAGAUCGGUGCGGACUCACCUUCGAUGUAUACGGACCCCUACGAAGCUUUCAGCACUGCUCCACCUCCGCCACCACAGCACACUGCUGCAGCAGCCCAAGCUCACUCGUAUCUUCAGCACGACCCCUACGCUUCCGAUGAUCGUCCUCUCGCUGGGCCAUCCUUCCUAGAUAGGGCAGAUACACUUGCUCCGAACGACAGCAUCAGCAGCUACAAUGUUCGCGUUGGUCGCAACACGGAACCGGAUCGGCCUGCUACUUAUGUAGACACGCGUGAAGAAGACAACCUCCGGGCGCAGCACAUGCAGCGCAAAUCGGUGGUGUAUCCUGAUCACUACGACGAUCCAAGCACCUACUACAACCAGCAUCCGCUGAACCAAGACGACUAUACUCAUACUCGUUUCGAUACGAGCGGGACCGAUCUGCCCCUCAAGCAUCACGCUGGACCCAUGGGCUAUGCAGAAGACGAAUACGACGAGGCGAACCAGAUCAAACGCGGAUCUGCCGCGCUCUGGACCAAUCACAUGGACGGCGAGCACCCUACGCCUGCUGACGAAGAAGCGAAAAGCGGCCUGCUUGGAAAGCUCUCCCGAUCCACCAGUCGACAUCUCGCGGGCGAGGACAAGCUGCGCGAUCAGAUUGAGCGACGUCGACAGGGGAUCGGACGACAGAGAUGGCCCUACGUCUCGUGGGUCGUCGCCGUAGCUCUCGUCGUUGUGUUUAUCAUUCAGCUCGUCAAGGCGCAGAAGGAAACGGGCCAGGCGGUGCAAACGCGUCCGAGCAUCAACCCGAUGUUGGGCCCCUCUGCUGAAUUCCUCAUUUCGUUCGGUGCGCGCUUCGUGCCCUGCAUGCGCAAGGUGCCCGCACUCCCGACGUCGGAACAGCUGCCGUGCCUCAAGGACUCGACAUCGAGCUCCAACCUGUACGAGCCCAACCAGCUGUGUCCCAUCUCGCAGAUCUGCGGGCUGAAGGACGCCACCAACCCGAACCAGAGCUAUCGCUUCAUCACGGCGAUCUUUGUGCAUGCCGGGUUCGUGCACAUCUUCUUUAACUUGCUGGUGCAGCUGACGCUGUGUGCGCAGAUCGAGAAGCUGAUUGGGUCGAUUGCGUACUUUAUCGUGUAUUUUGCCGGUGGCAUUGGGGGCAACUUGCUGGGAGGCAACUUUGGGUUGAUUGGGCAGCCGGCGCUGGGGGCGUCCGGUGCGAUCUACACGUGUAUCAGCAUCGAGCUGGUCGAUCUGUGCUACAAUUGGCAGUAUGAAUAUCGCGCCAAGAUGCGGCUGGCCAUGUCGAUUGGGUUUGCGAUCUUGGGACUGGCUCUUGGCCUUUUGCCAGGGCUGGACAACUUUGCGCACAUCGGCGGGUUCUGCGUGGGCCUGCUGGGCGGGCUGAUCUUUGCCCCUUCGAUCCACCCGAGCAAGCAGCACCGCGUUGUGACGUGGGUGCUGCGAGUCGUGGCGUUCGGGCUGUUGAUUGGGUUCUUCGCCGGACUGGCAAGCAACUUUUACAACUCUCCCGACCCGACAAAGGCGUGUACGUGGUGCAGGUACUUGAGCUGCCUGCCCGUUUUCAACUCGUGCAAAGGAACCGGGCUGACGACUUCGUCUACCAGCAGCACCUCGAGUAGUAGUGGUAACUAG